AUGUUCCUUCCCUUUUCGCUUCUUCGACCGCGGAUCAGAAAAGAACCCCUGGGCACGGUUCUUAUUAUCGGAACAUACAACUUUCCGGUGCAGCUGAACAUUUGUCCCCUCAUUGGUGCGAUAGCCGCCGGCUGCACCGCUGUUGUGAAACCUUCCGAGAACGCCCCCGCAACGGCUACGGUUCUCAAGGGUAUCAUCGACGACUACCUGGACACCGACUCUUACAAGGUCGUUAACGGUGCCGUGCCUGAGACCACUGCUCUCCUGGACCAGAAACGGGACAAGAUUCUGUAUACUGGCAAGGUCAACGUUGCCAAGAUCAUCUCCAGAAAGGCUUCAGAGACGCUUACGCCCGUGUGCCUCGAGCUUGGCGGCAAGAAUCCAGCAUUUGUCACCAGCAAUGCAGACCUUCGUCUUGCUGCCCGAAGGCUCUUGUGGGGAAAGACGCUCAACGCCGGACAAGUAUGUCUGUCCCACAAUUACGUUCUCAUCGAGAGAGGACUAGUCAAGAAUUUUUUCAAGUUUGUACGAGAAUCCUACGCCGAAUUCUUCCCCAAAGGCGCCAAGGAGAACCCAGACUUCUGCCGCAUCAUCAAAACCCAACAUUUCGAUAGGAUGAAGAGCAUAUUGGAUAUCACGCGCGGCCAGAAGGUUUUAGGGGGAGACACUGACCGCAAUGACUUCUACAUCGAGCCAACGGCCGUUCUCGUCGAUGAUUUCCAUGACAUCAUGGUUCAGGAGGAAUCCUUCGGUCCGAUAUGGGCGAUCGUUCCAUUCGAUAGUCUUGAGGAUGCGAUUGCUAUGGCAAAUGAGACCGACUCUACGCCACUUGCACUGAUGGCCUUUGGCAGUCCAUCGGAAAGUGAGAAAGUACUGUCCAGUGUUACAUCUGGAGGGGCGACACCCAAUAACGCCUUCAUGCACGCCGCAGUCCACACCUUCCCCUUCGGCGGCGUAGGUUACUCUGGCUCUGGCUCUUACCGUGGGAAAGCGUCGUUUGAAUGCUUCACACAUCGUCGCAAAACCGCAGAGACUCCCAGCUGGGCGGACAAGAUCUUUCGUGUUCGCUACAUGCCCUGCUUGGAGUCGGAACUGAGGAUGUCACAGUGGCUAAGUGAUGUCAAGCCGGAUUUCAAUCGUCGCGGAAGACAGAUCCACGAGGCGAGUGGUCCUGGUCUAAUGACCACCCUGGAUACUACCGGGGUCCGGACAGCAGCAUUGUUCGAGCCGACCCGCGAUAAGUAG